AUGGGCGGCUCCGGGGUCACAAUGGGAGGGCAUUCUAGCCCAAUAAAAAUACUUAUACCCUCGGAAAAAUACGCUCCUCUUGAUGCUCAAAGGCCAGCUUCUGAGACCGAUGCAAUAAGUGAUUUACAAAGUCUUGACGAUGGGACGGCUUUAUUCGGUGGCGAUGCGUGCUUUGAAGAACAAUCCCUGAAAGAUGAAGCUCUGACUUCUUCAGGAAACAAAAACGUCGACCAUAACUUUGACUCUCGUCACUGGGAUGGAAAUAACGUGCGUGAAUUACGAGUUCAAGAUAAAAUAUUAUUGAAUUCUGGUAGAAGCGAUUCCAUUCAUGUGAUUAACGAAGACUCGAAGAUGCAACAUGGAAACUGUUCGCACCCCACAGAACAAAUAUACGCCGAACUGAUGGUAGGAUCAGUUGAUAUAGACUCGCAGUAUCGUAAAUUGUGCAGCCUAAGAGAAAAACUGCUGGAAAAGGCGCCUACUACUCAGUCUGUGGUCCACACAACUCCUUUAACAAAAUCAAACCUUGCAUCCCAACCGGCAGAGUUUGCUCGCAAAGGUAUCGACACGAUGAGCUGCCCAAAAUUUCAAAAUGAUGGGUAUGAUGUAGAUGACGAAUCCAUCAAAACAGCACUAAGUGAACUGAAACAGAGCGUAAACGAAAUAACCCGCUCAUUCUGUUCAAAAGGUAAACCUCUAAACGAUGAAACGGUGGUUUGGAAGGAUGUGUAUGAUGACAAUUCACAGUUCAGAUAUCCAUCCCCGUUGUCUACAACUUCAAAUCAAAGUUCCGAGUUGCCUUGGUCCGCACCGGAUACCAAAAUAUUAUUAAUAAAAGAGAUUGGGGAGGUGAAAUCCAGUGUAAAGAAACUUGGUAAAGAAAUUCGUUCCUCACUGCCUUCGGCUGUUUGUCCACAUUCUGGUUUGACUACUAGGAAAACAUUAACUAACGCCACCGAUGGACUUUACUCAGGAGAUGUGACCUUAUCUCAUGGUUUCGAAUGUUCAGCAACAUUUCAAAUCCCCGAGAGCGUUGAUUUUCCGAAACCCACAAAAGAUACAAAUAAAGAUGCACGUGUCAUCGAUAAGGAAAGCCUAACAGGAUAUGUCAACCCAAUUGUGGUGAAUGAACAGGAGAGACUGAAGACAUCAGAUGAUAAUGUUUUGAAACCUUAUGCAACGUGUUUGGAAUAUCCGCACUUUUCAUCAAAGGCCGAAACACAUGAGCAGGGGACCUCGAAGUCUUCCGAUAAAUUUGCUAGAAGCAUGAGGGAUCAAGCAGAGGGGGUUUUAGAAUCUGACCUCGAUGAGUCUCGACCAUUGGAAAAUGCGAGUGGAUCAACGGUAUCACUCAACAGUUCCGUAAAGUCUGAAGACGUUCAGGAGGAUCUCCUUGAUAGGAUGCUUCAGAUCCUGCAAAAUUUACAUGAUGUUUUUACUUCCGAUCACCAUCUUCCUUGCAAAGGUGUAUGUCCCAGAGCUCUGGAGACGGUCAACUUUUUAAAAGAUAUGGUGAAGCACGAUUCGAUACCACAAGCCUUCGGGGCAAAUAAGAAUGUCAGUUAUCUGGAGCAAAAUGGGGCAGUUAAUAGUCCAUCAUCAUGCAUGAGCACGGCUUCAUCGUCUUUCCUUGAAAAAGUUAAACACAUUGAUUUAAUGAAUCAUACAAGCGCGAAAAUUAAUCGAAGUAAACCCCAGAGGGUCACGCCGAUUCAGAAGACAUGGAGAUCUAGGACAAAUUUUCUAGAAUGUCCAAUAGAGCUCAGGCCAAGAGAAACCUUAAAUGGGAGAAUCAAGAGAGUGAUAUGUGAGCUUUAUGGUGAAAUACAGCCGCUUGAGGACGGAAUAAAGGAAAAGGCGCUCGCCAUGCUGGAGGAAAUUCAUGGAAUCGUUGAAUUAUUGCAAAUAUAUGAACAAUCGGGAGAUUUUAUUGCCUCCAAUGAAAUGCCAAGCUUUGAUACUCAGCAAGAAUUUGCUUCAUAUUUCAAAGCAUCCAGUUGUGAACCAUCAAGACACUUUUUUCAAGAUAUAUGCAAUGAUUUUGAUGCUGAAAAUGAAAGAUACAACGAAUCAAAUAGAUCUCUAAGGCAGGAAACCGUUGAACGUGACUCCCCGUACAGCCAAACGAACCAAACUACGACAUAUUCCUUAUCAAUUGAAAACAUACGAGGGAGAAUAAAAUCGCUCAUCCACAAGCACUCCGAUCUAACGCCUGAAGAGACCAACAGAAAAAUACUCUCCGUUUUGAGGGAUAUGGAGAAGGUUCUGGACACGUUUGGAGACCAAAAUCCACCAAUGUUGACGGACCCGUCAUCAGAGACUAAGGCGAUUAUGCAUGCAGAAAAAGCCAAUGUGUUACAACAGUCACAAUUUGCGGUGUCAUCAAGGAUGUCAAUUUUGAUAGGAAACCUUCAAAACGUAAUUUUAGACAUGAGACCAGAUUUGCAGAUAGCUGAUUAUGAUCCACAGUCAAAAAUAUGUUUUCUUCUAAAUAUUUUGACCGAUGAACUGCAGUCAGAACGCACUGAAUCGUCUGCUCUGAAAGAUGUGGAAGAUCUUUUGAAAAGACUUGAGAAUGAGCUCUGUCAACAGGGUGAGGGCAAUUCAAUUUUGACAAUCUGUAUUCGCGAAAUGAUAGAAGUAGUUACGAUUGUUGGAGCCAAUUUGGUACUGGAGGAAAAACCCAAAUGCAAAUCGAAAGCACUGACAAAUGAUGCAACAUGUCGGAAAGGGGAAGUGAGGUGCGAAAAUGUGUGCAAAAAAAAUGAAGCGAAAAUUGCAGUUGAUGCUAAAUCGCAUAAAGAGGGGAAUUCCUUGUGCAAGUCAGAACCAAAAGUUAUUGAAGAACUGUUUAUGAAUGGUGGAGAGGAUUGCGAGACAAUUCCAUGCGAGACUGUAAAGAUGGUGACUGCAACCUGUGGUACUUCAAAGGUGGAGGAAAAACACGUAUGCAAGUCAGAACCCUCAUAUGUAAGAAAAAGAGCGGCAUCCACUGAAAAGUUACAGAGCUGUCACGGCACAACAGAACAAAACAGAGAAAUCGGAGGCCCAUGCCCAAGCGAUGCAGGAAAAGUGCCUCCUGGAGGCAACGGAGAGAAGAUGGAUUGCCUUGUGGCGACUGAAGAAUAUUUUACCGCUCCAAAUCGGUGUUAUAAUGAGGUCAAAUUCAAGCCCACUGAACCGACUACCGCUUGUACACAGGCACCCGAUUCAUUAUUGGCACAAAUUUUGGCCGAACUGCAAGAUCUUAUGAAAGAAUUGGAGACAGAGGGCUUCACAUUGCAGAAGUGCGCGAUCUUGAAGAUCCUGGAAACCUUUAACCACAUUGAGACGACCUUGGAAUCGGAUCCGCAAUAUAACACGCUUUUGAGGGAGGCUAGGAAAACAAUUGGCCUUGAAAACGGGGGGAAGAGAGAACCGCGCUCAUGUUUUAGAAGAGAAGGUAGCUGUAGUAGAUGGUGCAGAUUAAGUCGUCGCCAUCGGAAUCGAAGCAACUGUUUUACUUCUGGAGGGAAAACUGAAAGAUUUUUUGAAGUAUCGCCUAAAUAUGUCAAAAAGCACGUGUCUGAAGUUAAUCAGGGCAAAAAGUCACCUACUCUGAGUUCAAUCUGA